AUGGGGCGCAGCGUUCGCCCGCGGUGCGCCGGUGUCCCAGACCUGUCUGCCCGCCGCGGGCAGCACUGCCCUCCGGUUGCCCAGGCCUGGCGUUUCGGGCGAGACACGUCCAUCCCCGUUGCGUCGGGCACUGCUGUCCGUCUUUCCCGCGGGAAUUUCUUCGAUGAAUUUCAGAUGGAAGGAGUGGCUGCAGAGCACAAUGAAAUCUAUUUAGAGUUGGUGCCCGAGAACCUGUCGAGAGCGUUAAAAACUGCCCAGAGUGCCAAGGCAGUGAAGAUCAAGUUGACUAACAAACACUGUCCCUGCCUCAGAGUUGCUGUGGAGCUGCCGUCCUUAUCAAGCAGCAAUAGGAUUGUGACGCAUGACAUUCCUGUGGGGGUUAUUCCCAGAAGAUUAUGGAAUGACUUCAGAGAGCCCAGUGUGCCAGACUUUGAUGUCAGUAUUUACCUACCAGUGCUGAAAACAAUGAAGAGUGUUGUGGAGAGAAUGAAGAACCUCAGCAAUUCCAUU